AUGAAUCACAAAGAAGCCCUCGACCGCGAGGAGGUGAUUGAUUUUGUCAUGAGCUGUUGGGACGAAGACGCAGGGGCGUUCGGGGCGCACCCGGACCACGACGCGCAUAUCCACUCCACUCUGAGUGCUAUACAAAUCCUCAUCAUGCAAGAUGCACUCGAUAGAUUGGACGUACCUCGCGUCGUAGACUUCAUCCUCUCGCUACAACAGGAGUCCGGCGUGUUUUCCGGCGACUCGUUCGGCGAGAUCGAUACGCGCUUCCUGUACUGUGCUGUAAACGCAUUGUCGCUGCUGGGCCAGCUGGACAAGCUGGACGUCGAGAAGACAGUGGGAUACAUUCGGAAGUGUCGCAACUUUGACGGUGGCUUUGGAGCGUGCAUCGGGGCGGAGAGCCAUGCUGCCAUGGUGUGGGUCUGUACGGCUGCGCUAGCCAUCCUGGACAGACUGGACGAGAUUGAUCAUGAAACACUUGGCUGGUGGCUCGCAGAGCGUCAGCUCCCGAGUGGCGGCCUGAAUGGGAGACCGGAGAAGCUGGAAGAUGUAUGCUAUAGCCACUGGGUGCUUUCUUCGCUCUCGAUCCUGAACAAGCUCACAUGGAUUGACGCGGAAAAGGUCACGGCAUUCAUCCUGUCCGCCCAGGACUUGGAGCAUGGCGGAAUUGCAGACCGUCCCGGAGAUCAACCGGACGUCUUCCACACGCAGUUCGGGGUCGCAGGAUUAUCUCUGCUCGGCUACCCGGGUCUUAAUGACCUCGAUCCUGUAUAUUGCAUGCCCGCAAGUCUCAUCGAGCGCAUGGGGCUCAAGAAAGGGUGGCAGGCUCUUCCAAGGCGAACGAACUGA